AUAUGAGAAACUUUGACGCUUGCGUGUUUUCGUUGUAAUUUUGACGUAUGUUGUCAAAGGGGCGUACAAAAUUAAUUAUCAACAAAACAGACGCCAUUUUGGUAAUAUAGAAAUAUAAAAGAAAGUAUUUUGAAUAAAUCUGAAACAUCCUACAAUUUUUUGUUAACAUUUUGAAAGUAAUGUGUCUGUGAUAUAUACUAAUUAUUCAUAUAAACGAUAUUUUCGUUUUAACUGAUAUGUGUUAAAAUUAUCUUUUGUGUUAUUAAAGAAUAUUUGUAAAGGUAUCUGAAAUAUAAACUAUAAAGUGACUGAAAAAAUGAGUACUAAAGAUGAUGAGUACGAUUAUUUAUUUAAAGUUGUUCUUAUUGGUGAUUCUGGUGUAGGAAAAAGUAAUUUAUUAUCAAGAUUCACUAGAAACGAAUUUAAUUUGGAAUCUAAAUCAACCAUAGGAGUUGAAUUUGCUACUAGAAGUAUACAGGUGGAUGGUAAAACGAUCAAGGCUCAGAUAUGGGAUACGGCCGGUCAAGAAAGAUACCGAGCUAUAACGGCCGCUUAUUACCGCGGCGCCGUCGGUGCAUUGCUCGUCUAUGACAUAGCCAAACAUCUGACAUACGAAAACGUCGAACGUUGGUUACGCGAAUUACGCGAUCACGCCGAUCAGAACAUAGUAAUCAUGUUAGUCGGCAACAAAUCCGAUCUGAGGCAUUUGCGUGCCGUUCUUACAGAAGAAGCUAAAGCUUUUGCAGAAAGAAACGGACUCAGUUUCAUUGAAACGUCCGCUUUAGAUUCCACUAACGUCGAUAUGGCUUUCCAAAAUAUACUCACAGAGAUCUAUAGAAUUGUGUCUCAAAAACAGAUAAGAGACCCUCCAGAAGGAGAUGUAAUCCGACCACAAAAUGUAGAACCAAUAGAUAUGAAACCAACUAUGAAUUCUGAUGGCGUGCGCAAGCAAUGUUGCCAGUAAUAAAUAAACAAAAAAAAUUAGCAAUAAUAUGCAUGUUACACUAAAUAUCAAUUUCAGCCGGUAGUGCUGCGUUGUCCAACUCACUGUGGCUACUUUUCAUAUUUAUUUACUGUAUUUUUAAUUCUAAUUUAGCAGAAAUUUUUCAAAAAUGUGGCUACCGCCAAAAACAUUUCGUUUAACGCUGAGCACUUAGUACGCUGUUCACUAUUCAGUUUGUAUAUUAUUCUUGUCCCAUUUGAUACUGUUUAAAAGAAAAUAUAUAUAUGAUAUUUAAUAAUUAAAGAGAGAAGGUUUAGUUAUUUAUGUUUAUAGAUGUAUGUCUAAGGAUGAAACAGGACAUUCAUUACCUUUGGUGCAUAUUUAUUGUUACAUUCGAGUAUUAAAAAUAUACAAUCAUAUAGUUAGUUAUGUUUUUUCUUAGAUAAAGAAUAGAACUUUGCUGGUUUGACUUUGAAAUUAAAAUUUGAAAAAUUUUGAGAAUUUGUCAAGAGUUGAACCAGCUUGUUGGAAUUCUUUAUUGUGUUAUGUAUCGUAAUGAUUAAACAAGAGAAUGUACCACACUUAACCGUUUGUAAUUAAUCAAUGAUUAGAAUAUUUUGGAAGAAUCAAUUCAUACAACUAGAUUUAUAGCAUGGUCAAAUUUGUAUGUAUUGAUUCAGGUAUAGUUUUUAUUUUUUGCAAAUUCAUCGCACUUCAAAAUGAUGUGUCGGGUUAUAUGUGAUUUUUGUGUAGGUAUUUGUAGAGACAUAUUCAAUAUAAAAAAAAUGUAGAUACAGUUCUACCGCCAUAAUAUAUUGAUUCUUUUAUUUUGACAUUAUGAACAAAACGGUAUACUUGUUGUCAACUGUAAUAUAAGCUUCUUAUUAAAAUUAUAAA